CAAGAUGAAAGUAUCGGAGUUUGCCACCAAAAAGAAUACCGCUGUUAAGGAUAAAAUCAUCAGAGAAUCGUUGCACAUGUUGCAGCCAUCAGCCAUGGAUAAAGAAAAUCUGGUUGCUGCUGGUAGAAUACUCAGAUCUAAUAAACAAACUAAGGAAGCAAAGACUGAAAAUGUUACAUCAGGCAAAACAAGAUCUAGUCCUUCAAUUAAAUCUAAGAAGAUUACAUUUGAAGACAAAGCUGUACAGACUGCUCGAGGAGAAAAAAUAAAAAUUGAGGUUGAGGAUUUAACAUCUCUAGCUGGUCCCAGUGAGAACUAUUGGGAAGUCUUGGCUGAAAGACGGCAAAUAGCGCUUGAUGAUGCAUUUGAUGAAAUUAAGACACUUAAAGAUCGUAUAGGGGAGAAACAAAAUGAAAUAAAUAAGAUAAAAGAACAAAACAAAAAAUUAGAAGAAGAAAAAAUUGUACGUGAGGAAAUGUUAAAAGAAUUAAGGACACUUAUUGAAGUAUUGCAGGAUAUGAUUCAAGAUGACAGCAGUAGCAUAAAUCAUUCAUUGGAUGACAGCAUGCCAUGAUAUGAAUACAAUAUAUAAAAAACAGCAGACUGCUACUUCCAUCUUGCUGGCUAUAAAUAAUCAAAGAAGAAGAAAUAUUCACGCGCUGCAUACAUUAAAGAGAAAGCUGGAAAAGGCUGAAAACGGCUUAAAACAAGAAAAAUUUAUUCAAUAUUGUUGCAGUUCUGGAUGUUUUAUAGUUUAUGAUAUAGCUACGAUGACAUAUAUCAGCAAUGUAGUGAUAUUGCAUUGUUUUGAUAGCUCGGUUACGUAUCCUACUACACUGAGGAAGAAAAUGAUAUAUGAGUGUCUAUUGUUUUUGGGAAAAGACUAUUGGUUAUCUUAAUGUUUGUCUGAGCUUAUUAGUUGACCGUCCCAGGUACAUAUUUCUUUAUCUAGAGUUCCAUAAACAAAGAUCUAAGGAAAAUAUAAAAUAUCCUAAUCGGAGUGACCCUCGAGUUUUCUAAGUAUACACUUAGAAUUUAUCUAUGGGUUUGACAUGCCUGAAGUGAAUAACGGUCAUAAAGCAAACAUUUGGUUGAUUGAAUGAAUUAUAUAGUUACUGUGAUGAGUUGUUAAUUGAUUCAAUGAUUGCGAUUUGAUUAGUAACGUUUUGCUUUAAAGCAAAAAGUAUAUGAAGUGCUUGUUAAUGACCUUCAAUUAUUACAACAGAGAAUAAUACAUGCGUGCAACGAAAUUUCAGUUGCACAAUGUCAGUCAGCCACUCGUUCUGUUAUUGAUAGGUGCAAUGUUUGUCUUCGCGCUGGAGGUCAGCAUUUUGAACAAAAUAUUUAAUAAUUACAUUAAAUUGAUUACUGUAAAGCAAUAAAGAGAAA